AUGAAUCCUCCAGAGCAAAUCACCGCAUUCAAAGAAGAAUACUAUUUCUUCUACGGCUCCCUCCAAGAUACCUCCUGCCUCGCAAAGAUCCUAAAAAGACCCCAUCGACUCGAACUCCGGCCCGCAAGAUUAGUCGGGUGGACCUACAAGAUGUGGGGAGAUUAUCCAGCUUUGAUAUCUGGAUCCCAAGGAAACACAGUACACGGCAUGGCAUGCGAAAUCCAAACAAUCACCGAACGAGAUCGACUCAUCCAAUAUGAGACGACCGCAUACAAGCUUCAAGAUUGUUGGAUUCAGCUCGAUCGAGGCUUGUUAGUUCGAGGGAAGACUUUCGUUUGGGAUGGGGAUUCGGAGGCUCUGCAUGAUGGUAUCUUUGAUUUGAAGGACUGGAUUUUGAGUCAACGGGAUGGACGAUGCGUCGAGAAGGGAAUUCAGAGAUAA